AUGACACAGCAGGUCAGUAGCUUCCCGUUCUUCAAGCCCUUCUUUCUGAAGAUGCCUGUCAGAGUGGACAGCCCUCUGCAACAGAGGCGGCAUACACUCCCCGCCAGCGAGUUCAGGAACCUCACGCCACAGGAUGCCAUCAGUGUGUUUGAGAUUGAAAGAGAAGCAUUUAUAUCCGUGUCUGGAGAGUGUCCACUUACCCUGGAUGAAGUUCUUAUGUUCCUGGGUCAGUGCCCUGAGCUGUCGCUGGGCUGGUUUGAAGAGGGACAGCUGGUAGCUUUCAUCAUUGGCUCUGGCUGGGACAAGGAGCGACUUUCACAGGAGGCCAUGACUCGGCACAUCCCAGAAAGCUCCGCUGUGCACAUCCAUGUGCUGUCUGUGCACCGCCACUGUCGCCAACAGGGCAAGGGCUCCAUCAUCUUGUGGCGCUACUUGCAGUACCUGAGUUGCAUGCCAGGCCUCCGUCGAGCUCUGCUAAUCUGCGAGGAUUUCCUCGUGCCCUUCUACCUCAAGGCUGGCUUCAAGGAGAUAGGCCCAUCAGCAAUCUGUGUAUCUAACUUGCACUUCCUAGAGAUGGAGUACACUCUCUGUGGAUGGGCGUAUGCACGGCGGAACAGCGACUGCUAG